AUGCUCAAUUUCCGUUCGAAAGAGGUCCGUCAGCUCCUGCACAACAAGUUUGUCGUCAUCCUAGGCGACUCGAUCCAGAGAUCUGUCUACAAGGACCUCAUCCGCUUGCUGCAGAAUGACUCCUUGCUCACCUCCUCCCAAAUGAAGGCCAAGGGCGAUCUCCGCUUCGAAAACGACCGCUUAAUUGAAGGCGGGGUGCUGGGCGGCUUGCACAACGGCACCCAUUAUCGGGAGGUGCGCCAGUAUCGCACCUCCCACCACCUGGUCCGCUUCUACUUCCUCACCCGGGUGUACUCGCCGUACCUGGAAAGCAUCCUGGACGAUUUCCGGACUGGGCCGCAGCCGGAUGUGUUGAUCCUCAACUCCUGCGUCUGGGACAUCUCGAGGUACGGCCUGUCCUCCAUGAAGGAAUACCGGGCCAACCUGGAGAUAGCCUUCAACCGGCUGGACGAGGUGCUCCCCUCAGGCUGCUUGGUCAUCUGGAACAUGACCAUGCCGCUGGGCCCCAAGGUCACUGGGGGCUUCCUCGUUCCAGAGCUGCAGCACCUGAGCAAGACCCUCCGGAACGACGUGAUCGAGGGCAACUUCUACGGCGCCACGCUGGCCGGCUUCCACCUCUUCGACGUGAUGGACCUCCACUACCACUUCCGCCUCGACCUGCGGAACCGGGCCAAGGACGGCGUCCACUGGAACAACGUGGUGCAUCGCAGGAUCACCAGCCUGCUGCUGGCCCACGUGGCAGGCGCCUGGGGCGUGGCCCUGCCGGACCUCAAGCGCUGGGAGGGCCCGGUGUGGGAGAAUAGGCUGACCGUGCCCUUUGGCCUCCCGGGGGUGCUGCCGCGGCCACCGCUUGCUAACCUUCCUGAGGGAUUCCUUGACCAACAUGGCGCCCGCAGACCAGAUCCCCCCGGGUUCCACGAAGACUCCUUCCUCGUCCUCAGCAACUUGGAGUCAGUGGAGCCCUUCUCUGGAUUCACCAGCUUCGAGGACUCCCGCGUCCCACCUCCCUUCCACCUGGACGGCCCAGGGCGGGAGAACAGGCCAGCCGUAUCCUUUGACCUCCCGCGGCCACCGCUUGCUGACCCUCCCAAGGGAUUCCCGGACCGACGUGGCGCCCGCAGACCGGAUCCCCCCGGGUUCCACGAAGACUCCUUCCUCAUCCUCAGCAACUGGGAGUCAGCGGAGCCCUUCUCUGGAUUCACCAGCUUCGAGGACUCCCGUGUCUCACCACCCUUCCGCCUGGAUGCGGGGGCGCUUGACCACUUCCACCAUUUCGAGAGGCCUGACCCGAGCCUCUUCCCCCCUUACCCCUCCCCCGAGGAAGGAAGCCUCCCCCUGCACUCCAGCCGCUGCCGCAAAAGGGCUCGCCUGGUGGUCGAGCACCCCCAGGGCUAUGUCAUGCGCCGGCAGACCGUCCACGUGAGAGACGAAACCCCGUACCAGAGGGGCCAUAAGUUCCUCUACAAGCAGUGCUGA